AUGUCCGCCGGCACGGCGACCAAGCGAUCCCGGAUCGGGCAUCGCCUCCUCCUCAAGAUGGGCUUGAGGAAGGUGGGAUUCUGCCCCAUGUUCGACGAGGCCCACGAGAAAUACACCUGGCUCACGCACUACGUCGAGGAGAUGCAAGAGUCCCUGUCGGCCUACGCUCUGCAGCUAGCUCGAAUGACGGAGGCCGCUAGAGGGGUCGGGGAGGACGCCUCUCACAUCUACCUCGUUCGCGAGCGGGGUUUCAAGCCGGCGGUGGCGUUCAAGGAGGCCCAGGACAUGGGGCACAGCGGCUACGCCGGCCAGCUGCAGCAGGCGCUUGUGAAGGGAGUCGUCGAGCCGAUCGGAGAGUGGCUCAGAGACCUCGAGAGCAUCGAGGGCCUGGUGACGGACUUCAACGAGAUACGAGUCCAGCACGACCACUACCGUCUCAAGGUCGAGGACCUGUCCCAAAAGGCUAGAGCGCUAGAAGCCCGGGCGACAACGCGCGGAGACAGCAGGGACGCCAAACAAGCCGCCGAGAAGCUGAAAAGGAACACGAAAAAGCUGAACGAGGUGACGGUGGAGUUCGACAAGAAGCUGAGCAGCUGCUGCAACCGGAUGACCCGGGCGUGGGAGGACCGCGAGAAGAUGAUGAACGGCAUUGUCGCCCGCAUCGUCCAUUUCCAGGAGUCCUUCUUUGCCGAGCAGCUCAUGAACAGCCUGGGCGUCGCACGUAUAUUGAGCGCGGCGGAGGGGGGCGGUCCGAGGUGGGGGGGUACCAUGGGGAUAGAGCCUUUCGUGCCCAAGGGACACGUGCGCCACUACGAGGGGGAGCUCCUGAGAAAACACAUGGUGAUGAAGGAGCGGAUGUGGUACCGCCUGGUGGGGUCCUCCCUGGAGGUGUACGACAUGAAGCCCAAGGAAGGCCGGGACAACACCCCUAUGUACGUCGUCACGGAGCUGCCGGUCACCGUCCACGAGGUGAAGGGGGUCACCAAGGUCUCCGGGGUCAACUUCCGGGUGACGGUGCUGGGCGGCGGCGAGACCGGGGGCGGCGGGCUUAACCUGUACGCGGCCGACGAGGUGGACGGGAAAGGGUGGAUGGACGCCCUCACCAGGGCCUCGGAGUGGGACCAGCUCGCCUCGUCUAGCAAGGCGGCGGGAAUCGCCCCGGGGGGCGAGGCCGGGGUGGCCAUGGCCGGGGCCGCGGCCGCCGCCGCCGCCGUGAUGGCGGCCAAGGCUAAGGGGAAGGGGGGAAAGAAGGGCGACGGCGGGGGGGAGAAAAACCCGGAGCUUGCGAAUAACAAGAAGGGAGGAGGGGGCAGGGGCGGCGGCGGGUUGCUGCCCCCGGGCCUGGCCGGCCCGGGGGGCCCCGUCGGGGGCAUGGGCGGGGGGGUGGGGAUCGGCGGGUCGUUCAACAGCCGCACGGGGAGGGCCGGCCUGGGCCCCUCGGGCGUAGGAAUGCCUUUCGGGAAUAUGGGCAGCCACAUGAACCCGCCGAGCUUCAGCGGCAGCAGCUUCAGCGGGAGCUCUCACUCUCACUCGUCCAUGGGGGGGCUCGGCGGAGGAGGAGGAGGAGGAGGGUCCCAGAUGGGAGACCCUCGGCUGCACAUGGCGGCCCAGCAGAUGGGAAUGAGCAGCAACGGCCGCAGCGGCGGCGGCCCGGGGGGCCCGCCGAUGGGACCGAUGCCCCCUCACUUCGACCCCCCCCAAAUGAGCGGGCCCCCGGUGAACCCGUCCACGGGGCUCCCGGUCGGGAUGAGGCAGAACGGCCCUCCCAUCGUGCUGCCGGCAGGGAUGGUUCCGCGAGGCGGCGGGCCGGUCGUGAACCCGCCGAUUCCCCCACCGUCCAUGCCGGUCCCGUCCAUGCCGGGCCCGUGGGGAUCAACACCGCAGCAGCAACAGCAGCAGCAGCAGCCCGGCUGGGGGGGCGGCGGCGGCGGCGGGCUGGGUACGUCCCGGUCGUUCACCUCCAGGUUCGGCAUGAAGCAGGGCGCAGCCGGGCGGCAGCAGGGCUUCCGCCGGUCCAGCAGCUUCGGUGACUGGCUGGGCCCGAGCGGGGUAGGGCAGCCGCUGUCUCCAACGAUGGAGGUGGACAGCUUCGAGACGCAGUCCACCAGGAGCGCGCCGCCGUUCGGGGCGACGGCGACUGUGGGCGACGCGACGGCGGCAGCGGAAGCUGCGACUGCUGCAGCGGCGAAAGUGGCGGCAGGCGGCCACGUCACCGGCACCGAGGAGACUAAGUCGUCCACAAAGGACAAGAAGGGCGAUGAGGGAGCAGACAAGGCCACCGGCGCCAAGGCCGCCGCCGCCGCCGCCGUUGCCGCCGCCGCCGCCGCGACGGCCGCCGCCGGGGCCGCCGCCGCCGGAAGUAAAUUCGCGGAGCCCCCCGCCGCCGUUCCACCGGCCCCGGCCCCCGGCGUCGUCACCAUCCAGACGAUCCAUACCAAGAAGGACGCUCCCCGCCCCCCCGCCCCCGCCCCCGCCCCCGCCGCGGAGAGCAAGAAAUCGGCGCCGGCCGCUAGCGCCUCCGCCGCCGCUGCGGCGGCGGCUAUCCCGCUGUCGGACUUGUUCAAGAGGGGGGACGACGGCGGGCUGUCGCGUUACGACACGAGCGGCGAGACGCCGGCGCGGGCCAGGAGCAAGCCGGCGUCCACCUGGAAGCGGAUGAUGAGCUUCGGCGGCGCCGGCAGCAGCUACCGGUACGACGCCGGGGACGCCGGGGUCAGCGGCGAGGGCAAGUCUUCCGCCGAGGAGGUGUCCGAGAGCGACAGCGCUCUCGCCGCGAAGGCUAAGAACGACGGCACCCAGGACUCUGCCGCCCUCACCACCGCCGAGGUCUCUCGGCGGACCGACUCUGGCGCCACCGCCGGAAGCAGCGGCGGCAGCGUCGUCGCCGACACCCCGAGCAGCGCCGCCAGCACCCGCGCCACGGUCGGAGACCCCACCCCCGUCAUCCCGGCGGUCGAGCCACCGUCCGAGAGCCCCGCCGGCGGCUGCGAGUACAUCACGCCUGCCUACUUCGCCGCCUUCAGCGCCGCCACCACCCCGGCGCCGGCCGGCGGCCCCGGCUCCGGCGCCAACCCGGCCACCACCUCGUCCGCCGCCGCCUCGUCGGCUGGCGCGGCUGCUGCCCUCACGCCGAGGACGGCAGCGGCGUCUGCGGCAACCGCGGCCGCCGAAGCCAGCAACGACGCGGUCGCCGCCCAGGCCAAGGUGUUCCAGCGGCUGUGCGACUCUAGCGGCAGCGAGACCGAGACCGGCGACGCCGGAGGGGGAGCGGCGGCGGGUGCCUUCGGCGAGGAAUCGACGCUGUCUUUCAGGCAGCUCAUGGGGUGGGACGAGGUCCAGGAGCUGUUGGAGUUCGGCGCGUUGAAGGAGGGAGAGCUCACUACUCUGUGGCAGGAGGCCGCUCGCGCUCAGGACGCCGAGCUGGGGACGGGCGGCGACCCUCGUGCGCAGACGACGGACAUCUGGGGCAGCGGAAGCCCCGGCGCCGCUAAUGCUGCUGCCGCUGCCCCUGGCUCGCAGGAGGGUGGCAGCGGCGGCAGCACUAGGGACGUGCUCACCGUCAAGGGGUUCAUGAUCCUCGUGAAGCUCAUCGAGGAGCUCCAGUUCGAGAAGGAGCUGGAGCAGGACAAGGGUGUCGGGCUGGUCCCAGGACCUGUUUGCGUUGUUUAAAGCCUACUCCACGUGUAGCUAGCUAGCUAGCUACCGCCCCGUGCCCGCGAUUGGGGUAGUCCCCCCCACCCCCAAUCUCAUGUGUGUGAGUACGAACCGAUUGAAAUGGCACGACGGCGGUAGUGGUGGUAGUGCUUGUUUUGGUCGAGAUACGUGCAGUUCAGCCCGGUUUCGAUGGAUGGUACAUAAGCAGAGUCUCUUUUGGAGUUGCUUGCUGUUCGUGUGGGAUGGAUCCACCUGACGAGGGGGGGGGGGAGCGGGUGGGUCUUAAUGGGGCGGGCGGGUAAUGAAGGUAGUUGAGCCUUGGCUGGGGUGCGAGUUUAUUUCGUGUGUUGUUUACAACCGGCUUGCUUGGUGGAGUGGUGGCCCGACCCUGCCGCCCUGCCGUCGUGUUGUCGAUAAAUAAUUCUGUGCCACACAGCCCUUUGUCCAAGGUGGCGGCGCGGUGGUGGUGGUGACGGUGGUGACAGAGGUGGUAGUGUCACGCUCGCAGGAGGCGGUAGUCUUACGGUGGUGGUUUUUGCAGAAGGGCCGGGAGAGAGCCACCCCGCCAGAGAGACAGAACGUUGUAGACUUUUUGUGGUGCGCGUACGCCGCGGGGUGUGUGUGCGGUGCGUAGGGGGGCGCAGCCGUUUAUUCUGCGUGUUUUUCGAUGAUGUUUUGCGCUCGAUCUUAACACCGACUCUUGGGUGUGAUUUACGUGGUGCGUUUUGUUGUCGGGUCGCGGCGGGGCUCUCGUGGUUUUCGUGCAUGACAAUUAAGCGACGCCAAAGAACGAGGUCUGUUGGGCGCAUUUAUUUUUUUAUCUGUCUCGCUUGGCCUCUCUUAUCUUAGCCUGUGCCUGUAUAUAUCAAUCUGGAUCUGAAAAGUUGUGUCGUGCGUGUUGUUUUUUUGGUCUGUUUUUUUUUCGUAAGGGUUUGUUGCUGUCCCCGUGUGUUCUUGUGUUCGCAUCCGGCAUGGAUCUGGUUCCUUGCGACUUUCCCGGGUGUGAGGGCGUUGUCCACAAGGAAAAUUGGGCGGUUGUUCAUGUGCUAAAAACAAAAAAAUUAAGUCUUGGCUUUAUAUAAGCUGGGAAGACGAGAGGGGGGUGGGGGGGGGGGUGGGUGGUGUACUACGUGUUUUUUGUGUGUCUGCAGAAGUUUGCUGCAUAUCCUCUCUGACGUUGUUGUUCUGUGCCCUUUGUUCGCCUCGCCCCUACCCUAAGAGGCGGACACGUUUUGAUUCGGUUGAUGGUGCAAUAUUGCCCACACUUUUGUAGAACAAUGAUCAGCCUCCGGGGGAGAUCCCAAACGUGUUGGGCCUUGUUCUCGUUAUUUUAGAAUAUAUCCAAUAGCAGCAUCGGCCGACCUCUCUUUCUCUCUCUCUCUCUCUCUCUCUCUCUCUCUCUCUCACUCAACACGGGUGGAUUAGUGUUGGAAGAUCGUGCAGUGGUACGUGGCAACUGCCGGAGACGGUAGGCCAGAUAAAAACCUUCCUGGUUCUGGUGUUUUUUUUUUUUUUCUUGCACGGGAAAAAAAAUCAUGUACUACGCGCGCGGGGGGGGGGGGGGGGGCGGUCAGAACAACAACGAGUUGGUUUUCUUGCCGCCCAGGGCUACAAUAGAGCAACAAGGUUGUUUUUUAACGCUCAGUGCUUUACAGCGUGGGUUGAUAGGGAGAGCGGAGAGCUAGCUCCCUUUUGGUUUGCACCCGCCACGAAAGAUCACACUGUUUUUGCCUACACAGUAGUGCUUGGCAACCACAAGUAUUUAGGAGGAAUGCAUCGCUCUGGGUUUGUGUUCUGGCGUGGGUCUCCCGAGUGUUGCAAGGUACUGUAGCGCUCGCUCAUGCAGGGUGGGAGAAACAUCGAACAAAGGCGGUUGGUUCAUGCGGUGGUGCUGCAUCAAGGUUGCGGUGGGAACUGUUAUGUAGUAGUUGUCAGGUAUACUGUGAGUGUGUGUUUUCUAGCGGAAACAACCGGUCGUUGGUGUUGCUGUGCGGUACGUGCGUGCGACGAUGGUAGACGGCAUCGCAGUGUACACAUUCACCCUACAACCCGUGGUGGGAGUGUUGAUAUCAUUACAUAGACACGGCGAGCACCAUUCAUUAUGAACUACAUUUACAUACAUACGACCACUAUCGAUGGAACGAAAAGUCUCGACUACAUGUAUGUCGCGUUUUUUUUUUUCAUGCUUGCUUGCUUACGUACGUAUUCGAUUUCAAUUUCUUCGGCAGCUCAACAUCGGUCGCGCAAUGUAUUACUUCCCAUGUUUUUUGUCAUGUGGGACGCUCGCGGAUGAUGAUGAUGACGGAAGGGCGCGAUUUUUAGGGAAUUGGUCCGUCUCACCUGUCGUAGUUCUCGGCGUAGUAAGAAGACCUGAUGGUGGUUGUGCGUGUGAAGGCAAGGAAGGGCGAUACAGUGGCGGCUGGGAUGAUAGUGGCUGGUUUCGCCUCACGGUGCCAAUCGAUUUGGGGCAGUAGUACGUAGUGUGGCGAACGAUGAAGAGGGUUU